AUGCCCCAUGCGCAUCAGCUAGCUCAGCAUCUUCCUGAAGCAGCCAAAGCCGAGGAGGAGUGGCAAAGCAAGGAGCUGCUGAAACAGACAGAAGCCGAGAGGCAGAAGAUCGUCUGGGAGUGGCAGGAGCUGCGACGGUUUCUGGAGAAGCAGGAGCAGCGGCUGCUGUCCCGGCUGGAAGAGCUAGAGAGAGGCAUAGUCCAGAGAAGGGAAGAGGGUGACUGCAGCCUGUCCUGGGAGAUUUCCCUGCUCAGCGAGAGGGGAGGAGAAAUGGGGCAGCAGCCGCUGAGCCAACCCCUGCAGGGUGCUGGGAGCACUGGGGGCAGAUAAGUCCUGGUCUCCAUUUCCCUCCCUCUCAUGGGCCAUUAGGUUUGAUAACUGCACUGAAUAGGAAGCUGCCUUCUGCCCUUGGAGCAUGUGAUUCUGUCUCCCCUAGUGGCUGACUCAGGUAGAAGAAGAGCCGGUUACUGUCUGAUCGCUAAUGAGAUCACAGCCGGGCUACUAGACACAGGGCCGAUGGGACAGACCUGGCCUGUCUCCUGGACUGAUGUGGCCGCGUCACGUAUUCUGAGGGUGCAGAAUCUCAGCUUUCACAUUUGUUAAAGGAGGACGGGACGUUUCGGAAGCCAGAGCCAGCGUUUGUGGGGC